AUGGCAGAAGCUGUUGUAAGACACUGGGUGGAAACUCCCAUACGGUAUCAAGAGCAGUUUGCUGUCCAGGAUCUGGAAGCACACAAACUGGACCACUCUUUAUUCGCUUUGCCGGGCCCUUCUACAGCUGCACUAAGCAGCAGAAGGUGUACUGCAGAAAGUACAGCCGGGACCGUGAAGAGCGGCCAGGAGGAGGAAAACACACCCUUUCAGGUCUUGCUGGACGUUGUGCAGUUCCGCCCCGAAGAUAUCAUUAUUCAAACUUUCGAAGGCUGGCUCCUGAUCAAAGCUCAGCACGGACCCAGGAUGGACGAACACGGUUUUGUGUCCAGAAGCUUUACCAGACAAUACAAAUUACCUAAUGGAGUGGAGAACAAAGACCUGUCUGCGCUUUUCUGCCAUGAUGGCAUUUUGGUUGUUGAAAUGAAGAACUCAGUGGGAAAGAAUUAG